CGACUUACUCUCUCACCCUUACUUGGCCUUUACUCUGCUGUUGUUCCCAUUUUCCCCCUCUAUAUUUUCAUCUUAGAAGGAAAAAGGGGAAGGAGAGAGAAACCUAGAGAGAGAAACCUCUGUAUUAUCAUCCCUUUCGACGAUUUUUCGACUCUGAGGUUGUGGAAGAUUUUCCGAUCGUCACAUUCAUCAAGUUUGAUCUCGUUUCUCUUUCUCGAUUUCGUUUCAAAUUUUUAGGCUUUACUUGUUCGAUUGUCGUGGAUUUUUUGCAUAUAUGUUCUAUGUUUUCGAAUUUUUUGGGUUGAAUCUUUGUGGGUGUAUUUGUGCGAAAUUGUUUCGUUUUUAAUGGGGUUUAUUUGAUCGAUUUGUUUUCGAUUUAUUGGGUUUAUUUGUUCGAUAGUUUUUCGAUUUUUUAAGGGUUUAUUUGUUCUAUUUAUUUUCGUUUUUUGGGUUGAAUUUUAGUGCCUUCUUUGAUUGUGUGGUGGUUUUUUUGGGUUUAAUUUGAGUGAUUUAUCGUUUGUUUUAGGUUGAUUUUUUUUUUUUUUAUUGUUAGUAGUAUUAUUGUCUGAUUUGUAACAGAAUUAUUGAUCUCCAGGUACAAUUCUAUCUCUCCUUUGUCUUUCUUGUUCAAAUUGGUUCAAUUUUCAUCUAAUCUUUAAUAUGAAUGUUGACUGUGUUUUUUUUUUUUUUUUGGUUAUUUCUCCUCUUUUUUCCUUUCUUUUCUAUGUUUUUUUGGUAAUUCUUCUUAAUUAUAAUCUAUGUUUCUUUUCUAUUUACCAUCAUGCAUGCAAAUAUUUGAUAUGUAUGUGUUUGGGUGUUUCAAUUUAUGCAGAAUGGUGUUAGGGAAACUGGAGUCUCAUUAGCUUUCACUGUUAGAGCACUGGAUGCUGGACCUAUCAUUGCAUCUCAAAAAGUUGGUGUGGAUGAGGAUAUUAAGGCACCAGAUUUACUGGAUUUUCUCUUUGAUCUUGGCUCAAAACUUUUGUUGCACGAGCUUCCUUCAAUAAUUGACGGUACAGCAACAACUAAAGCACAACCUGAAGAUGAUUCUAAAGCUACCUUAGCUCCAAAGAUUACCCCCGAAGAAUCAUGGCUAUCGUUUGAUCAAGACACUACUGUCCUGCAUAAUAAGGUACGGGCAUUUGCAGGUUGGCCUGGAACUCGAGCUAGACAUGCAAAAGAAAAUGGAGUCUUGAAAGCAGUCUCUCUGUUAUUUUAUCAUCAGUUUCAGGGCUUCAAGUUGCGGAAACGAAACUAAACGAGGGUUAGUCGCUGUACUUACCUCUAUUCUUUGUAAAUGCUGAAAUUUUUAAUUAUGCAGCUCAUGUUGGAGCAUCCAAAAAAAACUAUGCUUGAUCUUUUUGUCUUAUUUACAAUUUUGUGGAGUAUAUUUCUCCCUAAUCUCUUAACAGCCAGCAUUAAGUUUGUAGAUACGUGAAUGUUGAUGUCAAUGCAUCAUUCUCCCAGAAGUAGGAAUUUUUCCGCAUUCUCUCUCGGAGAAGUUGGUUAAUUUCUCGAACUUUGAUGGAAUUUUUGGUUGUUCUUCUUGGAAGUAUACAGAUACUAUUUCAUAUACUUCCUCUGUUUUCUUUUAUGUGCAAUACAACCUUUGGACAUGCUUUUUUAGGAGUUAAUUAUAGUAGGUAAACGAGAAAAUUUAUCAAAAUUAUUCCAACACCCAGAAUAGAGAAGAGUUAACUACUACAUUUAUAGAUUAUUUUGCUUUAUUUGUCCGUUAUAUCACCUAAUUUUUCCCUCAAAGUGCGUGCCAUGAAGGUGUGUUUGAUGUGUCCAUUUUAUAUAGUAUUUUACCCCCGUCCCUUGGUCAUAAUUAGUAGUGUUUUUGGCUCUUUAGAGCCACUUUUAUUACUAAUAUGUGUUUUCUAGUGUUUUCGUAGUUUUGGUUGAGUUUUGCAGGGAAUUGCACUUUUGGAGCAUUUUCCCGGGAUUUUUAUGAAGCAACUACGAGCAUUGGAGGAGCACGAUCGUCGUUGAAGCCCAAGGCCGACUAGAACCAUCGAGCCGGUGAUUAAGGGUUCGGUAUUUGGAAUACCGAGGUUUGGACCGAGUAUUCAAGACCCGAAGAGUAGAUCCGGAUUGGGCCGAGGAGUCGAACCCAAUCGGAAUUCCAAAGCCUCGAGGAGCCACAAGGGCCCGAUCGGGCAAGCUUAGCUCGAUCGGGCAAGAUGCGCAGCAAGCCAAGGAUGUGUGGCCCAAGGCGCGCCCGAUCGUGCGAGGCUUAGCACGAUCGGGCGGUGCUGCUGAGAAGAGUGUGCUAGCAAAAAGGCGCGCCCGAUCGGGCGCGUGUUUCUGGAAAGGCUCUUUUGUCGAGCAAUUAGUUUCUAAUUAGGAGUUAUUUUUAGUUUUGUUUAAGUACGUUUUUAGGACGAUUAUUAGGACUUAUCUUCUCUCUUAGACUUUCUCUCUCUACUUAGUUUUCUCUCUCUUAAUCUUUCUCUAAACCUUUGUUCUUAAUUCUUUCAUUAAUUCCAGAUUUAUUUUGGUAA